CGCGCCGCCGCCCCCUCGGGUCCUUCUCGGCCGCGGGCGGGCGGGGCGACCGCACUCGGAGCCGGAGCCGGAGCCCGCGCGGAGCCGCCGCCCGGGGGGCUCGGUCAGCCUCCGGGACGCCGGAGCGGGGCGCCACGCCGCCGCCGCCACAGAUUUGAAAAGAGCCAAUUCUAAACCACAGAUAUACAAGAAGGCCAUUUUCUCAAACAAGAGUCACCCUUUAACAAAAUUACCAUGGUUGACACAGAGAUGCCAUUUUGGCCCACCAACUUUGGAAUCAGCUCCGUGGAUCUUUCCGUAAUGGAUGACCACCCCCACGCCUUUGACAUCAAGCCCUUCACCACUGUUGAUUUCUCCAGUAUUUCCACUCCACACUAUGAAGACAUUCCAUUCGCAAGAGCUGACCCAAUGGUUGCUGAUUAUAAGUAUGACCUGAAGCUCCAAGAUUACCAAAAUGCAAUCAAAGUGGAGCCUGCAUCCCCACCUUAUUAUUCUGAAAAGGCUCAGCUGUACAAUAAGCCUCAUGAAGAGCCUUCCAACUCCCUCAUGGCAAUUGAAUGCCGUGUCUGUGGAGACAAAGCUUCCGGGUUUCACUACGGAGUUCAUGCUUGUGAGGGAUGCAAGGGUUUUUUCCGGAGAACAAUCAGAUUGAAGCUUAUUUAUGAUAGGUGUGAUCUUAACUGUCGGAUCCACAAAAAAAGUAGAAAUAAAUGUCAGUACUGUCGGUUUCAGAAAUGCCUUGCAGUGGGGAUGUCUCAUAAUGCCAUCAGGUUUGGGCGGAUGCCACAGGCCGAGAAGGAGAAGCUGUUGGCGGAGAUCUCCAGUGAUAUCGACCAGCUGAACCCAGAGUCUGCUGACCUCCGGGCCCUGGCAAAACAUUUGUAUGACUCAUACAUAAAGUCCUUCCCGCUGACCAAAGCAAAGGCGAGGGCCAUCUUGACAGGAAAGACAACAGAUAAAUCACCAUUUGUUAUCUAUGACAUGAAUUCCUUGAUGAUGGGAGAAGAUAAAAUUAAGUUCAAACACAUCACCCCCUUGCAGGAGCAGAGCAAAGAGGUGGCCAUCCGCAUAUUUCAGGGCUGUCAGUUCCGCUCAGUGGAAGCUGUGCAAGAGAUCACAGAAUAUGCCAAAAGUAUUCCUGGUUUUAUAAACCUUGACUUGAAUGACCAAGUAACUCUCCUAAAAUACGGCGUCCAUGAGAUCAUUUACACAAUGCUGGCUUCCUUGAUGAAUAAAGAUGGGGUUCUCAUAUCGGAGGGCCAAGGAUUCAUGACAAGGGAGUUUCUAAAGAGCUUGAGAAAGCCCUUUGGUGACUUUAUGGAGCCCAAGUUUGAGUUUGCUGUGAAGUUCAAUGCACUGGAAUUAGAUGACAGCGAUUUGGCAAUAUUUAUAGCCGUCAUUAUUCUCAGUGGAGACCGCCCGGGUUUGCUGAAUGUGAAGCCCAUUGAGGACAUACAAGACAACUUACUGCAAGCCUUGGAGCUCCAGCUCAAGAUGAACCACCCCGAGUCCUCUCAGCUCUUUGCCAAGCUGCUCCAGAAAAUGACAGACCUCAGGCAGAUUGUAACAGAACAUGUGCAGCUAUUGCAAGUAAUAAAGAAAACAGAGACAGACAUGAGUCUUCACCCACUCCUACAGGAAAUAUACAAGGACUUGUAUUAGCAGAGAAGUCCUAAUUCACUGACAACGUUUCCUUCUUCCAAUUGCACUAUUGAGGGGAGAUCUGACACCUAAAAAAUUUACUGUGAAAAAGCAUUUUAAAAAGAAAGGGUUUAGAAUAAUAGAUCUAUUUUAUGCAUAUUGUUUAUAAAGAUACAUUUACAAUUUACUUUUAAUAUUAAAAAUGACCACAUUAUGAAAUUGGUGGAUGUAUUUGAAGACUAAGUUUGAUGUGUUCUCCAAUCCAGGCUUUUAUUUUCUUCUCAAUUUUCUCACUCUUUCUUCCCUCCCUUUCUCUAUGUCUAUAUCCCUCCUUCUAUGCCUGCCUUCCUUCUUUCCUUUAUUUUUCUUCCUUCUUUCUUACACAUUUUUUGAAACGUGAAUAGAACUUCUGAUCAACUUUCACUCUUGGUAAAUUAAUUAUUUACUCAACUUACAACUUUUCUGAACCCUCCAUUUGUUUUAACAAUCACAACUAAGAAGGGAAAGGGAACUUCUGGACCAAAAACUGCUCGGAGCAUGUGUUUCUUAACCUGGAUGUGCUCAUUUGGAGCACAUGCCUAGGCCUACCAAGAAUCCAGUCUUCUUCCACAAUCCCAACCAAGAUUUUCAUUCACCAAAAGCAGCCCACCAACACGAUAUCAAGGUGUAUGCAAAUACCCAGUGGCAAGUUAUGAACUAUUAGAAACUGUGAGUAACACAGAAGUGGUUUAAAAUUUGGCACCUGCCAAAAAGAACUUACAAUUGAGUUCAGGAGAAAAGAUUAAUCUUCCAUCAAAAAAACAGAUUAUAAUGCACAGUAUUAUAAUCCUGUGCCAAAUGAACUCCUAAGAACUAUAAGAGUUCAAAGGAAGUGAGAUUAAUGAAGAUUGGAAUAGUCAAGAGUAACUAAGUUCAUUGAAGUGGGCCUCAAAGGAUGUGUUGGAUUUGAGAUAGGUAGAGAACAGAAGAGAAAACUUUCUAAGAAAGCAAAACAGCAGGAACAAGAUGAAGAAGAAACCAAAACAAAACAUGAAUGAGGGAGAAGAACCAUGUUGUGGUUCUAAUGUAUGUAGAGUAACUUUGCUAGAGUUAUUCCUAUCGUCUUCUUUGGGACCACCUUGCCCAGAGAUUUCUUUUCUGACCUCAAAGGUUCAUUGUCCAUAUCAUUUAGGUAAUGCGUCCCCAGCAAGCAGCGUAUAUGUUCCCUAAAAGCAGGGACCAUCUUGGCACAAUUAAUAGAUUCUUUGAUUGAAGCCACCACAUUUACUAGCAUUGCUUACCCAUGAACUCAUACUACUAUCCGGAGGUCUCUCCGCCAGGAUGACUAUUUCCACUGGCCUAAAUUAUUUCCCUGCUACUUCUCCCUUACUUUAUCUUUCCUUAUGGUAUUGAUACUCAGGAGGACAUCACUUGACAUUUGAGGCUUUCAAGCCAAAAUAUCAGGAAACAUCUUUUCAUCCUUUACCUCAAAAUAAACAGAUCUCCAAAGA